CUCUAAGAAACAGUGAACUACAUGUAUGGAGAUCAACUUCAGAAUUCACAACACAAUGAUAGGGUAUACUCAAGUAUAGAGUUGAGCUACAACUAUUUGGAAAGUGAUGAACACAGGUCCUUGAUUUUGCUAUGCUCUCUUUUCUCUGAAGAUGAGAGCAUUCCAAUUGAAAGUUUGGUUAGAUAUGCAAGAGGGCUAAAACUGUUUAAAUAUACUGAGACUUUAUUGAAAACCAGAGAUCGGGCGUAUACAAUCUCUGAUAAUCUAAAAAGUUGUCAUUUGUUACUAUCAGGUUUUAGGGAGGAAGAGGUCAAAUUGCAUGAUGUUAUCAGAGAUUUUUGUUUAUCGAUUGCAUCUAAAGGUGAAUAUAGGUAUAUGGUGAAACAUGAUAUAAGGACAGAGUGGCCAGAGCAUGAUAACCAUGAUUCCUACGGUGCCAUCUCAUUAACAUUUCAAGGGAGGGUUUUGCUACCCAGUAGGUUACAGUAUGGGAACCUCGAGUUCUUACGGGUGCGACCUUAUUGGACUGGAAUUGGAAGGAAAAUUGACAUACCUGGAGGAUUUUUCGAUUAUAUGCAGGAACUUAAAGUUAUUGAUUUCUCUAAUGUUCAAAUUCGAUCACCGAACCGACAGCCGCCAGGUCUUCGAACCCUGUGCUUGAACUACUGUACUUUAGAGAUUGAAAUAUCAUCCUUUGGAAGUCUAAACAAGUUGGAAAUUCUCACCUUUUAUCAAUCUUCUCUCUCUAUUGAUUUUCUCCAUAAUGAAAUGGUAGAACUUGGCAACCUAAGGUUACUGGAUUUGAGGUUCACGGAAGGUCCCCGUCCACCUCCCCCUGGUUUUUUGUUCGGUGUGAAGAAACUGGAAGAGUUGUACUUGGGACGUUACUUCGGCAUAAGAUAUGAAGUAAAAGAGCACGUCAUCAAAGAGUUAAGUUCAUUGAAGGAUAUCAACACUCUUCAGAUUAAUACAGAUGAUACUCGAUUUCUGACGCAAUUAUUACAAGGGUGCUCUGAGAAGCUUGAGAAGCUGGAAAGAUUUCAAAUCUGCAAAAAUAAGGGUUAUCUUUUUGAUCAUUUUCGAAGGGAAUUGCAGCUCCACGAAAUUGACCCAAACAUGCUUUUGGAACCCGAAAUUAAGUCAUUAAUGAGAAGGUGUGACAAACUUUCUCUGGAAGUGAAAGGCUGGAACAAUCCUAUCAUUGAAUUAGUUGAAGAUGGUUUCAGUAACUUGAAGAGUCUGAGGCUAUUCUUUUUGGAUUCUGAGUAUCUUACUGAUGCUGUGGGCUCCAUUCCAAGUGGCAUCUUCCGCAAUUUGGAACUUAUGUAUUUGUUUGGUAUGGAUUAUCUGAAAGAGAUGCACAAUGGAAAUCUUCCAAGGAUGGAACAUGUGACAAGGGGUGUCUUGGAACCUGCAGUACUGUUCUGCAACCUCAAACAAAUUUUAGUAACUAAUUGUGCUAAAAUUAAAAGAAUGUUUCCUGAGUCAGUUGCAAAAUGCAUGGUUAAUCUCCAAACACUUUUUAUAUCGUCAUGUCCGUCGUUAGAAGAAGUUGUUUCAAUGGACAUGCAAGAAAAUGAAAUUAACGAACAGCCUUUGUUCCCAAAGCUGAAAAGAGUCGAGCUUCGUGAUUUGAGUAGCUUUGUAAGCUUCAGAUCUGAACCAAAUGCAGUUGGUCCUCGUCAACCAUUGCUCAACCAGUUGAACUGCCUGACUUGGAGACGCUGGAUAUUUUCAAAUUGGAUAUGAAAGAGCUACUAAGUGUGGGGGAAACGCCAUUCAGAUCUCCAAAUAGAUUGAGCAUGAGAGUGGAAUUUUGUGAUAAUCUAGUGAACAUUGCACAAUCCAAUUUGAUUAAACUAUUGCGAAAUCUUGAAACUCUAGAAGUACGUACUUGUCGGGCACUAAAUGUAAUAUUUGACUUUGAGGGUCUAAAUGUUAAUAAAGAUGCUGAAGAAGAAAUUAGUAUACUUGGUCAACUAAAAUCAUUCGACCUGGUGGGAGGAGAUUGCUUGGUGCACAUUAUGAGGAUGGUUCCUAAAGGAAUCAAUGUCUUCCAGAAUUUGAAAUGGCUUAAGGUGGCAUCUUGUAACAGGUUGAGGUACUUAUUCCCGGCUUCUAUGAUUAACUUGUUGGUGUCUUUAAAAACUCUAUACGUCGGUUAUUGUAGCGAAAUUGAAGAAAUCUUUGCGAGAGAAGAAGAAGAAGAAAGAACGUCUAGCGAAAUUGUGUUUCCCGAAUUAAGGAGAAUAGAACUAAUCGAUCUUCCAAGGUUCAAAAUAUUUUGCUCUCAUAACUAUGAACUUGUGUUCCCUUCACUUGAUCUAUUGAGAAUUCAAGCUUGCCCUGUGAUGACAAAAUUUUGUUCGGGACAGCUAAAUGUGCCAAAGCUGAAGGGAGUACAAAUAGGAAAAGACGAAGUCAUUGACAUUUCCAAUUUCCUAAGAUUGUGACGUAGGUUUCGUCUAGAAUCCACCUUCAAGUAGCUAGAAUAGAAGACAAAGUAAUCGUUGUCGGUUUGAAGGGUGGCCACGUCUCCAACGUCAGAUUUACGUGGGAAAGGGUUGAGAGGGAGAGAAUGAGGCUGCAGGGAAGGGUUGAGAAAGAGAGAUGGAGAGAGAG